UGCCUGGCUCCGGGCAGGAACAUCAGUGGAAGGGCCUGGCAGGGCAGAGCUGCUUAGUUUGCGGUGGCUGCAAAGCGGAGCAGGUGAGCAGUGCCCGAGAAGAGGAGGCAAGGCAGCAGGGGUCGUGCCCAAGGUCGGUGUCCCUGAGCCACCCAGACAUGCAGAGGCACCUUCCACCCGCCCGCAGCUUCCGGGCCCGCCGAGUUCCUGUCACAGAUGCUGAUGGAACCCACUGACUGCACACCAAGUGGGCAGAGAGGCACAGGCAUCUCGGCAGCACCUGCUCACCCGUGAACGUGGGAUCUCUCCCGACCCCAUAGCAAUCAGUGAGUGCCUGGAAGCUGACAUACACACUGAUUCCGAAAUGUUUUGCCACCUGAGACCUUUGAGGAGGUUCUGUCUGGAGCAGAUCCGCCCACAUGGCCUCCACUACUCACGAGCUCUGUCGGGAGCGGAGGCCGUCCACGCCCUGAGGCCUUUCUACUUUGCCGUCCACCCAGACUUCUUCGGACAGCACCCCAGAGAGAGGGAAGUCAAUGAAAAUUCUCUUAAGAGACUAAGUGUCUACUUAGAGAACCUCCAGAAACCAGGCUUCAGGUCUUUGAAACCAACUCAGCUCACGUUUUAUGUGCGAGAAACAGCCCAGCCUUCCUCGGAUGCCCAGGAGCCCAGUGGCUCUUCCGGGUUUCGAGCAGUCAGAUUUACUUUGCACACCCGAGACCUGCUAAGCACAGUAUUGUAUAUUCUCAACUCCUGCAGUUUAUCUGUGGAACACAUCCAAAGCUUGGACACUAAUGUGCAUUCCCAGCCUCUCAGAGAAGCCAAACGCACGCCUGAUAGGCCCAUCAAAUGGGACAAAUCCUACUAUUCCUUCACUGGAUUCAAGGACCCCGACGAAGACCUGGUGCAAGUCUCGAGAAAGGAAACCACCCUGACAUCCUGGUUACAUAUCAAUGGGAAAAUUGCAGUUAAAAAGCUGAAGAAUAGUUUACCACUUAGAAAAGAACUAGAGCGUUUAAAAGAGGAACUGUGUAACCUUCUGCAGCUCUCAGAUAUCAGGUGGCAGAGAAGCUGGGGCAUCGCGCACCGCUGCAGCCAGCUGCACAGUUUGGGCCGCCUUGCACAGCAGAGCCUGGAGACCCUGCAGAGAGCCAAAGGCUGCACGCUCAUCUUUACCGACCGCUCGGGCGUGAGCGCAGUGGGCCACGUGAUGCUGGGCACCAUGGACGUCCACCACGACUGGACCAAGCUUUUUGAAAGGUUGCCAAGUUAUUUUGACCUCCAGAGGAAGCUGAUGCUUUUAGAAGACCAAAUAAGCGGACUUUUAGGGGGAAUCCGAGUGGUUUACAUCGAGGAGCUGCAGCCAGUGCUGACCCUUGAAGAGUACUUCUCUGUCCUUGAUGCGUUCCACCGCAGGCUGCUGCACAGCAGAGCGUCUUUCCACCCUCAGAGUCUUCGGGGCUUACAAAUGACCCUCAACAGUGACAGGUAUGCGCCAAGCCUGCAUGAACUGGGGCAUUUUAACAUCCCGACGCUCUGUGACCCAGCGAAUCUGCAGUGGUUUUUCCUCACCAAAGCCCAGCAGGCCAGAGAAAACUUGAAGAGAAAGGAGCAGUUGAAGGUUGCGGAAGAGGAGCUGAUCCACACCUCCACCGAGCAGCUCGCCCUGGAGAAGCUGUACAAGGAGCCCAGCAUCUCCACCCGGCAGAUGGUGGCCUGCUGUGACCGGCUCACCCUGCACCCGCGGCCGGCCCUGCGCGGCAUGCACCUUACAAUAGCUGUGGAGGCCAGCAGACAGAAGGCCCAGGCUCUGUCCCCAGCACCAGAAGAAUAAAUGAAGAUCUUCUACCUGCUGGUAACAUGAGCCCAACAGUCAGGAGCAGCUUUGCACCCCAGUUCCUGGGUUAGACCCUCCACGGGGCCCUCAUGGGGGGCGGGGUUCUGGGGGUGGCGACAGGUGUGAAGGCUUAGAAGGCACAGGGUUUCUGUCACCCAGGACACCCCUGCGCUGUCCCCCCAGGGUUCCCUCUCUUUGGCUGUGGUCCUUGGGGCCCCUCUGUCACCUCGUGGUGUCCCCGGCAGGCAAGACCUGGCCCGCCAUCCUCCAACUGUCCACAGGGUCCCCCUCGGCUCAGACCCCUGUGACCCUCCUCACAGGGACCAGCACGUGUGGCCAGGACACUGUGUUUGUGGCUCUCACUGUGGAACAAAGCAGGAAGCAGUAGAACAUAAAGAUGUUGAAAUUAGUUCGUAAAGUUUGCUCUGAAUUUACAUAAAACAUUUGAGCCAUUUGAGCGCGUGUGUGUUCAAAAGCAGUAUCGAUUUGACCUUACUGUAGCUUGUUCACAUUCCUCCCUUUAACUGCCAAAAAAUUAUAGUAAGUUGGCUUUUUCGUGUGACAGAUGUUGCCACGAAAGAUUUUCCAGAGCCAGGUGAUGGCAACGAGGAUCAUACAAGAAGAUGGAUUAGAAAAUUAGAUGUGGAUUUACCAUUGCUAAAAUCAGCUAAUAUAGAAGCUUCAGUACUAUGUUUGGAAGUUGAUUUUUGUCUCAGAACCAUCACGUAAUAAAUUCUGCCUCUGUCAGGCCUGUAAGUGUUUUCCUGGUGUCCUGUUG